GUAUUUCAUACUGAUAUAUCUGGUCCGGUCUAUAUAUUUGAUCUGAGAUCAGAUACAUCAAUUAUUCUAAAAAUAAAAUAAAAUAAUGUAUCUGAUUCAAUCUAUAUAUCUGAUCUAACACUGAGAUCAGAUACAUUAAUUAUUUUGGAAAAAAAUAAUGUAUAUGAUCCAGUCUAUAUAUCUGAUGUGAGAUUAAGACCAGAUAUAUUAGUUAUUCAAUAAAUUUGAAAAAGAAAUAGUAGUAGAUAAUAAUUAUAGGUAUGUGUAGACUGAAAAUGGGUGCUGUUAUUCUGAACAAAUAGAGAACCAUAUAUAGCAGCACCCUUUUGGGUUGAUUUGAGAUAGAGAGUAUUGAAAGGUAAGCAAGUAAUGUAAGGUUAUAGGUAGCGGAAAAACUGAACAGACUAGUCUUAGGAGCUGUCAAAUAAAUAGGUGAAUUUUGUGUUGAUCAGUGUGUAACAAGAAACUACCAGAAUCAUCACUUGUGUGUCUCUAAAGCAAAAUCUCAAAGAGUGCCAUCUUUUUGGGAAUAACAAGUUUCUCCUCUCUUAUACAGUAGUAGUCUUUUUCCUCUCUCUUCUCAUACUACUAGUAGUAUAUAUUCAAGGAUUCAGCAAUAAUCAUCACAUAUUGUUGCAUCUUAAUUACAUUCAUCAUUUGAUUCAUCAUGAAAGGAAGAUUUUUCUGUUUUAUGCUAGCUAUGAAUCUACUGAUUUGUGUUUCUGUAGCUAAAAGACCAUUUCUUUCAACUGAUGCAAUGUCCCAUCCAGACCCAAAAUAUGCACCAGCACCAUACCAAACCAUAGAGUCCAAAAAGGUAAGAGAAAAUACUAAGUCAGAGAAUGUAGGGAUGAGUAACAUCAAGAUAGGGUCAAGUCCACCAAGCUGUGAGCAUAAAUGUUAUGGAUGCAAACCAUGUGAAGCAAUUCAAGUUCCAAGUAAAAGCAGUAGGAGAAGUCAUUUGAGACUUGAGUAUGCAAAUUAUGAACCUGAGAGCUGGAAAUGCAAAUGUGGCCCUUCCUUCUACAGUCCAUGAUCAUUGAAUUAUAUGUAUAGUAUAUAGUUUAUCUCUUAGGUUCAUAUUAU